UUCGCCGUUCCCAAGCAAGAGCCAUGUCAUCUUAGGGGAUGGAUUAGUUAACAUUUUAUUAGAAGCGGGACACAAGGUGACGUAUAUAACGACCGAGCCGCAGAACUCGACCAACCCUUCGUUAAGUCAGAUUGACGCGAGCAGGAACAUUGAGUUUUUUCCGCCCAACAUACUGGACAUGAAAGCUGUGAUAAAAAAGGAAAUGAACACGGCGGACCCGCAGCACUUCAUAGGCGCCAUGCUGCAGAUCGCGCGCGCCACACUGCAGCAUGAGCAAGUUACCGCGCUGGCGGGCGCCGCCGCUUUCGACCUCGUCAUCGCAGAAUGGAUGUUCACGGAGGUAUACGCGGGGCUGGCGGCGGUGUUCGAGUGCCCGCUAAUCUGGUUCUCGACGAUGGAGCCUCCCUGGAUGGUGCUGCAGCUGGUGCACGAGGCCACCAACCCCAGCUACACGCCGGCGCUGCUCUCCCGCAACCUCCCUUUACCUUUGCGCAGCGGCUCGAGGAGCUCUUCCUGCAAACGGCCUUGUACUUCGUCAAGGAGUGGAGCAUGUACUACAAGGAGAAAGAAAUUUAUGAUAAUUAUUAUGGACCGAUAUUGGAAAAAAGGGGACGACUACUCCCGGCGUAUGAUGUGAUGAGGUUCAACGCGUCCCUUGUCCUAGGGAACUCGCACCCGGCGCUGGGUCUGGCAGGCGCGCUGCCGCACAGCUACCGGCCCGUCGCCGGCUUUCACGUGCAGCCCGCGCCGCCGCCGCUGCCCGCGGAGCUACAAAAGAUAAUGGACGCGGCUAGCGAGGGCGUCGUCUACUUCAGUAUGGGUACAAUCGUGCGGCCCGAAGACCUGCCACCGGAGACGAAGCAAUCGCUGGUAGCGGCGCUGGGCCGGCUUCGGCAGACUGUGGUAUGGAAGUUCGCUGAGCGGCCGUUGAAUCUGCCCGUCAACGUACACGUCGUGCCUUGGGCGCCUCAGCAGAGCGUGCUAGCUCACCCAAACUGCGUGCUAUUCGUGACGCACGGCGGCCUGCUGUCGCUCACGGAGGCCGUGCACUACGCGGUGCCGGCCAUCGGUAUUCCGGUCUUUGGUGACCAGCAUAUUAACGUACUGUUAGGAUGGCGGUUCGUGGGUCCUUUUUAAAAAAAGAAAAAACACACUUUCUACUGCUAAUUUUAAUUAUAAGAAAUACAAAGGUAUAAACUUACUGCUAAUGGCUAACGUACUGCUCUGUUGCGGCAUGCGCGUUGCCUUUUUAUAUAAUAUUGGAAGGAUGGGGGGUAUUGAUGAUCUAGCAUUUUCAGCCUGUAAAGACUCGUUCAUAACACCUCCCCCUUUUAGACUGAGCUUUAUUAUUAUAUCUAAAAAAAAAUAAAGCGAUGGAUU